AUGGCAGCUUACGGUAUAGUGGAGAGUCCGGAUAAUGUAGACUACAAAACGAAGUGCUGCUGCCAAACAACAGAUGGCGUGUACUUCCAAGUUCCAAAGGAGUAUUUCCGCCUUCAUGCCAACUUAUCCCGAAGGAAGUUACUCAUCGCAGAACCCUUCGGCGUACCUCUGGACUCUUCUGCAUUUGAAAGUUUGGUGGUAUUGUUGGAAAAAGCCGCAAUUGUGUCGCCUGCAGCUGCCACUGCCGGAACAGAAGUAGUCAGUAAAGGUGAUGGAGCAAAGCAACAAUGGAUUAAGGACCUCAAUAAGCGCCAGCAGAAGUUCGUAGGUGCCUGCUUAGGCGUAACCACAUGGGAUGGAGCUGAUGUUUACUUUUAUGAGGAAAAGUUACCAAAGGAGAGUGAUGUUGUUUGGGUGAAGGUUAUUCAGGUGAAUGAUACUUCCGCUGUGGUGCAGCUACUGGAGUAUGGCAACCAUGAAGGCAUCAUUCCAUACACGGAAAUCACGAGGAUUCGCAUUCGUGCCAUCGGUAAGGUCAUCAAAGUAGGUAAAAACGAAGCAGCGCAGGUUAUUCGUAUCGAUAAGGACAAGGGUUACAUUGAUCUCUCCAAGAAACAGGUUACGCUAAAGGAGGCGAAAGACUGUGAGGCCCGUUUCUUCAAGGGAAAUGAGGUUCGGUCUGUUGUGUGUCAUGUGGCGGAUGAAUGCGGUGUUCCCCCAGCGGAAGCUAUGAAAAGAAUUGCUUACCCCUUGUACCGUCGCCAACCCGGUAAACACGCAUGGGAAUGGCUCUAUGAACUGAACCAAACCAAAGAUGUGAAGGGUAUUCUCGGGGAUCUGGAAAUAUCUGAAGCUGAAAUAAAGGUGCUCAUGACAACGCUGGAGCACACCAUGCGAACAGAAAUUGCAACCAUUCAUGCUGAUAUUGAAAUGACAUGUUUUCAAUGCGAUGGUGUGAAUGCGCUACGGGAAGUUUUACUGGUUGGCCGCGACUUUAAGGCUGGAAAGGAUCCACUCAUUCCCAUUUCCGUAACAAUUGUUGGACCACCCAAAUAUCGGUUACGCGCAAAGACGGAGCUGAAAGAGGAGGGAAUUGUUCGCAUGAAGGAGGCGAUUGAGAUGAUGAAAAUUGAGAUGGCGAAGCGUGGAGGUAUUCUUAAGGUAGUCGCUGGUCCUUUCGUACUUGGUGAAGAGGAACAUACAAAAGAGGAAAGAAAUGAAGAUGCCGAAGACGAUGAAGGCGAAGACACGGACUGA